GCGUCACAAGCGCGAGCGCACGCAGAGCCCGCGGAGUGGCCGCGACAUGCCGCCGGCGCCAUGGCCGACGCCGCGCACCGUCCGGCAAGCCGCCGAGCUCCACGCCCACCUCACCACCUCCGGCCGCCUCCUCCACCCGCCAUCCGCCCACCACCUCCUCAACUCCCUCGUCAACUGCCUGCCCCCAUCCGAUCCCCUCCACCUCCGCUACGCCCUCCACCUGUUCGACCGAAUGCCCGCCUCCACCUUCCUCUUCGACACCGCCCUCCGCGCCUGCUUCCGUGCCGGGACCUCGUCCGGAGACCCGGACAUCCCCUUCGUCCUCUUCCGCCGGAUGCGCCGCGCGGCCGUCCGACCAGACGGGUUCACGUUCCACUUCCUUUUCAAGUGCUCCUCCUCCUCCCGCCCCCGCGCCCUCCUGUGCACGAUGCUGCACGCCGCCUGCCUGCGGACCAUGCUACCGUCUGCCGCGCCGUUCGUCGCGAAUUCUCUCAUCCAUAUGUACACUGAGCUUGGGCUUGCUGGCGAUGUUCGACGGGCUUUUGACGAGAUCCCUGUGAAGGACGCGGUUUCCUGGACAAUGGUGAUCAGUGGGCUGGCCAAAAUGGGCAUGCUUUCUGAUGCGCGGCUCCUUCUGGCUCAGGCUCCAGUGAGGGAUGUGAUCUCGUGGACAAGUUUGAUUGCUGCCUAUUCUCGUGCUGAUCGGGCCAAAGAGGCUGUUGAUUGCUUCAAGAACAUGCUUUCUGAAGGCAUUGCACCGGAUGAUGUUACUGUUAUUGGCGUGCUCUCAGCAUGCUCACAGCUCAAGGAUUUGGAGCUGGGCUGUUCACUGCACUUGCUUGUUAAGGAGAAGGGGAUGUCGAUGAGUGAAAAUCUUGUCGUUGCGCUCAUUGACAUGUAUGCGAAGUGUGGUGACUUUGGUCAUGCACGAGAGGUUUUUGAUGCUGUGGGUAGAGGCCGAAGACCUCAGUCAUGGAAUGCUAUAAUUGAUGGAUACUGCAAGCAUGGCCAUGUUGAUGUUGCACGGUCUCUGUUUGAUCAAAUGGAGGUCCGUGAUAUCAUCACAUUCAACUCAAUGAUCACUGGGUACAUCCACAGCGGCCAGCUUAGAGAGGCGUUGCUAUUGUUCAUGAAUAUGAGGAGACAUGAUCUGCGUGUUGACAACUUUACGGUGGUGAGCCUUCUAUCUGCUUGUGCAAGCUUAGGUGCAUUACCACAGGGCAGGGCAUUACAUGCUUGCAUUGAGCUGAGGCUGGUGGAAACAGACAUAUACAUUGGUACUGCACUGCUGGACAUGUACAUGAAAUGUGGGAGGGUCAAUGAGGCAACCAUUGUUUUCCAACGUAUGGGCAAGAGAGAUGUUCACGCUUGGACUGCUAUGAUCGCAGGUCUCGCAUUCAAUGGGAUGGGUAAGGCUGGUCUGGAAUAUUUCUACCAGAUGAGGUGUGACGGCUUCCAGCCUAAUCCAGUUAGCUACAUUGCUGUUUUGACUGCAUGCAGCCACUCAUGUCUAUUGAACGAAGGCCGCCUGUACUUUGAUGAGAUGAGAAUCUUGUACAACAUACAUCCUCAGAUUGAGCACUAUGGCUGCAUGAUUGAUUUGCUGGGACGCAGUGGGCUUUUGGAUGAAGCAAUGGAUCUUGUUAAGACCAUGCCCAUGCAACCGAAUUCUGUCAUAUGGGCAUCCAUCUUGAGUGCUUGCAGAGUCCAUAAACGCAUAGACUUAGCUCAAUGUGCCGCUGAGCAUCUUCUGAAGAUAGAACCUGACGAGGAUGCUGUCUAUGUCCAGUUAUAUAACAUAUGCAUAGACUCUAGAAAAUGGGAAGAUGCGUCAAAGAUAAGGAUGUUGAUGGAAGAAAGGCAAGUUAAGAAAACUGCAGGUUAUAGUUCUGUUACUGUGGCUGGGCAGGUGCACAAGUUUGUAGUUAGUGACAAAUCACAUCCACGGAUAUUGGAGAUCAUCGCAAUGCUAGAGGAGAUCUCACACAGGUUAAAGUCAGCAGGCUAUUCGCCGAUUACAUCACAGGUAACAGUGGAUGUCGAUGAGGAAGAGAAAGAACAGACACUGCUAGCACACAGUGAGAAGCUAGCCAUUGCUUUUGGCCUCGUUAGUCUAGCACCAAACUUGCCGGUUCAUAUCAUAAAGAAUCUCAGGGUAUGUGAGGACUGCCACUCUGCAAUCAAGUUGAUCUCCAGGCUUUGGAACCGGGAAAUCAUAGUCAGAGACCGGAGUAGGUUCCACCACUUCAGAGAGGGGGCAUGUUCUUGCAACGAUUUUUGGUAAAUACCAUUUUAUAGUACUCCAUGUUUUUGGUGAAAAAGCUGAGGUUUAGGAACAUUGUAAACUGGAGUUGUUCGCAUUAGUUUGGAAUUGCACUUGAAUUUCUGAUCAACAAAGGAAAAAGAGGUCAGCUGUGUGCCUGUGUCACUGAAAGCAUCACAGCAGUGCUGCUCUCAGUUCAAUCCCCAGGGUUGGUAGUUGAUGGGCUUUGUGGGCUUUUUGGAUGGGCCAGCCAACUAUCUUCAGGCCUUUAGGGGCAGACGACGGAAAGCAAAAGCAGCCAGACAGAAGGGUCGUCUUCCUCCUGCCGCCCAGCCGCCGUGAUGCUCCUGUGCUCGUACGCCCAAUCCCGUCGUCCCCGGCUCCCUUCUCACUGAGGAUGAUGCAGAGAUGCCAAACGAAAGAGAUCCGUUCCGACGACGGUUGGUGAUGGCGGCGGCAGUGAUGAAGCCACCGAGUUGAUAAAUGAUGCGGUUCUUCGUAAGGAAUACUACUGCUGUUUCUCUUCACUGGGGGAACUCGCUGUUAGCUGAUGGAAACUGGAAGUAUGGAACAGUGUCACCUGCUCCGGAAAUUCUUCUGAACUGGCCUUCUCCCCUUCGCAUUCCUCUUUGUUUGACCCAUCAUAGUCUGUGGAAAGAUCGUCUGUGACCAUGGCUGUCCGAGACGUCGCGUCCUUGAACCGUAUGAUCACAGGCUUCAUCAGGGACGGCCUUGCUGAUCGGGCCCGUGCUGUCUACAGGUGGAUGGUCGCUUCAGGCAUCAGGGAGACCCCUCAUACCUUCUCUACAAUCCUGGGAGUGUGCAGCACUUACGAGGCACUGCAACUCCAUGGCCGGGUGCUGGCCCUAGGCUUGUGUUGCAAUCCAUUUGUUGGAUCUGCGCUUGUUAAUCACUAUAUGCAUGUCGAAUCACCACAUGCUGCCCUCUCAUUGUUCCGGGAACUGCCGCUGCAGAACACAGCCAUGUGCAAUGUGGUACUGCGUGGCUUGGGCAACCUGAAGCUGACUGAAGAACUUAUCUGCUGCUUUCUUGAUAUGAGACGGCAGUAUUUGGAGCUGAAUGGCUUAUCCUAUUGUUAUGCCAUGAAAGGGUGCUAUCAAAAUGGUGAAUGGCUAGAACAAGGCAGGCAACUCCAUGGAGUUGUUCUCAAGGCUGGGUGGAUUCCAUCCAACAUUUUCCUGUCAAAUUCUCUUGUAGAUCUUUACUCUGCAAUUGGAGAUUCAGUGGACACAGUGAAGGCACUGAAUGAUAUCCUGUCUGAGGAUGUCAUCUCAUGGAACUCCAUUUUAUCAAUGUACGCUGACAGAGGACAUAUGAAGGAAGCAGUUUAUUACUUGAAACAGAUGCUUUGGCAUGGCAAGAUGCCUUCAGUUCGCUCAUUUGUUUCGCUCCUUGCUUUGUCUGGCAAAACGGGGGACUGGCAACUCGGAGUUCAGAUACAUGGCAUUGUUCAUAAGCUUGGAUUCAGUUGUAGUAGUGUGCAUGUUCAGACUACGCUCAUUGAUAUGUAUGGGAAGUGUUGCUGUUUUGAUCAUUCAUUAGCAAUAUUCAAUGAAAUUCCAAGUAUUGCACUGGAGUGCUGCAAUUCGCUGAUCACAUCAUCGCUUGGCUGCAACAUGUUUGAUGCUGCUUUAGAGAUAUUGCAUUGUAUGAUUGUAGAGGGAGUGACACCUGAUGAUGUGACUUUCUCUGCAACUAUGAAAGCCAUAUCUUUGUCAGCUUCACCAAGUUUAACCAGUUGUCAAAUGCUACAUUCUUGUCUUGUUAAAUUGGGAUUUGAAAUGGACAUGGCUGUGUGCUCCUCCUUGAUCACUGCUUAUGCCUGCGCUGGUCAACUGAGCAGUUCACACUUGAUAUUUGAAGGAUUGUUGGAUCCAAAUGUGAUAUGCUUCACUGCUAUAAUAUCUGCCUGUGCUCGAUAUGGAGAUGGAGCACGAGCAAUGGAGCUAUUCGAUCAGAUGGUUUCUAGUGGCCUGAAGCCUGACAAUGUUACCUUUCUGUGUGCAAUUGCAGGAUGUGAUCAGGCAGGAAUGUUUGAAGAAGGACGGCUGGUGAUUGAACUCAUGAGAGCUAGCCGUGAGCUGGAUCCUGAUGAAAGACAUUUUGCUUGUAUGGUCAACCUUCUCAGUCGAGAUGGUUUUGUGAAGGAAGCAAUGGAAAUGAUGGAACAGUCCCCAUUGAGACACUACACCAAGGCAUGGAGCUCACUUCUUCAGAGCUGCAAAGCACAUGGUGAAAAUGUGCUGGGAAAGAGAGCUGCCAACAUGCUGAUAGAUGUAGGGAGAAAAGAUCCAGCCACCACUUUGCAGGUAUCAAAUUUUUUCAAUGAUAUUGGGGACAGAGAAACUGCUUUAAGGAUUAAAGAGAUGACAAAUGUGAAGGAAGUGAAGAAGAGCGGUCACAGCUUAAUUGAGGUCAGUCACCGAGCUUAGCACUUGGAAUUAAAACCAUAUCGGCACCAUGGAUUAUCUACUAGUUUGAGAUAAACAUUUGCACCGCAUAAGAAGGUUCUCUUGCCAUCCAAAAAAGGCAGCGAGGAUCAGAUCCUCACACCACAUUGCAUCGCUUGUUACUCUGUUUUUGUGGUAAAAGAUGUUCGUGGCAAGGUGCCUUUUCUAUUUGGUUGGGCCUGGAAUCAAUGGUUAAAUCGUGUAACUGCCAUUGCACGUUAUGAGCACAUCUGCCAAGUGAACCUCUGACUGUUCUGACAGGAGACUAUUUUGCUGCAUAUGGUGGUGGAGGCUGACUACUGUUUUGAGCACAAGCACUAAGUCUAAAACCGCGGAGUGCAGGCCAGUGGAUGAAGUGAGCACUGGCGUUGGAUGGGGUUGUGUCAAAUGGUGACAGGAUGGCCGGUUAGCAACCUAGCUGGAAAGUGCCUCCACUUCUCACUUUCUUUCCCUUUUCUUGUGCCCCCUUGCAAUUUCUUAUGCAUCAGUCAGUAAGUUCAUAUGUGUAUAUUUGUAUAUCUUUUUCUCCUAUUGCUAAUUGCAUCCAAUCAUUGAGCACACUUUCAGUUAAGGCACUUUUUAUGGCCUAAUUGGACUGAAUCGACUGCAAUUUAUUAAUUCUGUGCAGAAAGCUUCUCCAUCACUUGCAGGCAGUAUAAAAAAAGGGUUCCCAUAGAACUGGUGCAGAAGUGUUUCUGGUGCCCCAGAUUCCAGAACGGACAGAGCCGUGGAUUAGGAAUCCUCUCCUCUUCCCCACUCCCACUUCAGCCCACCACCACUUCCACUUCCCCUUCCCCUUCCUUUUCCCUACUCUUCUCCCUUGCAUCUCGAGCUGGUGGCUGGCUACUCCGCUCCUCUCCCCGCUCCUCCCCUUCGUGAUCUCCUCACUGCCGGAGUUUUCUCUCUUCUCCGCCUCGCUGCAAGGGAGAGCUGAAAUUAUCUCGCGGGGAAGACCAGGGCAGGGGAAAGGUUCAGGAGGGGAUUAGGGCAGGAGGAGUGGAGAAAGCGCCGGCGACAUGUCAGGAGCGGACGUCGACAAGGUCCAGAAUCUUAUCCAUUGCUGCCUUCAGCUAUACAUGGACAAGAAAGAAGUUGUUGAUGCCCUUUCCCGUGAGGCAAAAAUAGAACCUAGUGUUACACAGCAUGGUAGUGCUCUUACCUUGUAUGCCAAAAGUUUCAUUUAGCUUACUUGCAAGUUGGUCUUAGGUUUCAGAACUGGCUAGUAACAGCGCAGGUCAUGCAUAGUUGGAUGGGUUGCUAUCUUGUUACAAUUAUGAUUGUGGAAUUGUGACAUAUGCUGGUUCACUCAACACAAAUAUGGUUUAGGUAAAAAACCAUGUCAUCAAUUUUGCAAUAAACACUGUUAUAUGCUGCCUAAAUAUUCUUUUUUCCGUCCCCUCUACGAACCUACUUUAUGUUUCAGGAGGGCUCUGUCAAACAGAAAGGGAACAUAACUAGGAAACUGUUUAUGUUUAUCUUGAUUUGCGCCCUUUUAUUAUUGUUAGAUCAUUUUUGUUGUUAACAUCUGGUUGAUUUUCUUUUUGUAGGCUGUUGUUAACAUCUGGUUGAUUUUCUUUUUGCUCUUUCCAGUUUGGCAGAAACUCGAGGAGAAUAAUCGUGAGUUUUUCAAAGCAUACUAUUUGAGGUUGAUGCUUAAGAACCAAAUAACAGCCUUCAACAAACUUCUUGAGGACCAGUUAAGGAUUAUAAAUAAAGAAUAUCAUCCAGGGCCUUCUUCUAUGCCUCUUCCCAAUGGUUCCAACUCAAACCUAUUGAAGCAAAAUCCAUGCUUUUUAUCAGAGUCUACUCCGAUGCCUGCAAUGCCAGAUGAUGUAAUGUGCAAUGGAAAUUCCAGUGGCAUAGUAGAUCGCACACAAUCCAGCGAUCAAUUAAUUUAUGCUGGUAAAGACAUUCAGGGCCUUCAUAGUAGCAUGGAUGCUUCCAAUUUGCUUCCAGUGCAGAAUGCUAAUUCUGUGCUGUUUGGUGUGGAAAAUGGGACGACUAUUAAGACGGAAUCAGGCUAUUCGAGCAAUGGUAAUUUUGGUUUCUGCGGGAAUGCUUUCCUGGAAUCAUGCCAGUCAAUAGGUGAUGCAUCUGGUGGAUCCUUUAGCAGUUCAGAGUUGAAUGGGCAACCUCUGGAUGAUUCAAUUUUGGAUAUUGAAUCAUCAUCGUUUGGCUUCUUGAGUCAGCUUCCCCGAAAUUUUUUUUCAGACCUACCAGAGGAUUUCAGUCAAAGCACAGAAAUAUUAGACAAUUAUGGCAAGUCACCGUUCCUCCCUUCUGAGCAAAAUAACUUUUCAGAUUCUACAGGUGGUGAACACACAGGUUGAGCAGCCAUCGGUCAUCUGUACAUACAUGUUUGGGCAGGGAAAUUUAUUAGCCUUUUCUUCGUUAGUUCCAGUAUUCUAAUUCGACAAGUUUGGAUGAGUUGUAUCUCCAGAGCAUGUAAGGGGAUCUGUCUUCCCAUAUGCUUGCUGAUGGUAUUGUAGGUGUGCCUUACAAUGAUGCGGUUUUGUAAGAUAACCAUUAGUAGCGGUGGUGCUGAAUCCGCAGUCUAUGGGUUACAUAUUCUUCUCUGGCAUGUACUAAAAUUGAUAUUUUUAUUAAGUCAAGUGAAUGCUGAAAUUGGAGUUCGCUUGUCCCA